CUGCGAAUGGUUCACUGGUUUUCCUCCUCACCAAUUAAUUGAUUGACCACCACCCAACUGGCUCAGCCUUAAUUACACCAUUUCCUCGAAUCCCUUCUUUUUUUCGUUUUCGCCUCAUUUGCCCUUCUGGAACGACGCUGCGCAUUGUUUUCUUUGGCGUGUCUUCUACCGAGCGAGCGAUCAUUUUGACGAGCCUUGAACCUCGGGAGAGAGCUUGGUGUUGGGUUGAGAGGGACGCAAACACAUACGAACAUACACACCAUACGAAGGGAAAUAUGUGGUUCUCCUCGACGCUGUCGGCUGCCCUGGGGCUGGCAGCUCUGGCAAAGGGAGGUCCGCAUGAUCAGACUACCACGAAUGCGGAUGGAAUAAGAAGCAUACCUGUAGGACCCUUUUUUCUGCGCCGUGAAGGCAUAUGCUAACACAACUACUGCUAGCUGCGGACACAUACUUUGGAUUCGGUUCGUACUCGUCCGCUCGCGCUGGUUUGGGACUAUGAAAGCUAAUUUUGGGGAUCUCGAAUAGCCUUAUUUAGAUUCUGAUAUGCAGAGUCGGUGGUUUGAUUUUGGGGGGAACACAAUUAUUCGCGCGGAUCAGUAUGUUGGAUUCUCUCAACGGUAGAUGACAUGGGUGCUGAUUUUCGGUUUGCAGAUAUAUCAGACUUAGUUCUGAUCGACCUUCACAGGCAGGAUGGAUAUUCUCGCGCGUGCCACUUACGGCUACAAAUUGGGAGGUAUGUUUUCAGUUUCUCUCAGACGUUGUUGGAGUUUGGAGAAAGGCAAAAUCUGAUUUAUUUGUCGCAGAUUGAAAUCGAAUUCAAAAUCCACGGGACCAACAGUCUCCACGGCGACGGCUUCGCAAUGUGGCUCACCAAACAACGUGGAAUACAAGGCGACGUCUUCGGCUCCGUAGACAAAUUUGAAGGUCUAGGAAUCUUUUUUGAUACAUACAAGAACAACCGACCUGGAACCGUCUUCCCAUAUGUGAUGGCCAUGGUAGGAGAUGGAAUCAAGGUCUAUGACAAGGCCAACGACGGAAAGGACAAUGAGUUCAUGGGCUGCUCCGCACGUGGAAUUAGAAAUGCGAAUAUCCCCACCAAAGCAAAACUCACCUACUUCCAAGACAAGAGCUUGAAAUUGGAGAUCCAGUAUAAGACGGAGGACCAAUGGGAACUAUGUUUCGCAACCGACGAGCCGCCCAUGAUCCCCUCAGUCUCCUACCUUGGAUUCAGCGCCGAGACAGGAGAGCUGAGUGAUAACCACGACAUCAUUUCCGUGCACACCAAGAAUCUUUAUGAUACGAAAUCGAGGGAGGCGAAUACCCCCGAGGGACCAGGCAAGAUGGGACCCAAUAAGGGACGCGACAAGAAGGACGGCUGGAAGAAGAAUAAGCAGGAAUCUAGUGGAAACUGGAGCUGGUUUCUCUUCAAGAUUAUCAUGUUUAUUUUUGUGGUUGGCGGGGCUUAUGUUGGGUUCACGGCGUAUAGAACUCAGCAGCGAAGGAGUCAUCGGUUUUAAGAUGGCGGUUGGGAGGAAAUGAUGUUGGAGGGUGAGAGGAAUGGGUAAAUAGUGA